AUGGCUACCACUUCAACAUCCUUGAAAACCGAGCCAACAAGUAUCCCCACCACUUCUUCCAGGGAAACUCCAUCAACAUCUCACAUAAUUGAUUCUUCAUCCACAACCGAUUCCAUGGCUACCACUUCAACAUCCUUGGAAACCGAGCCAACAAGUAUCUCCACCACUUCUUCCGACGAAACCCCAUCAACAUCUCACAUAAUUGAUUCUUCAUCCACAACCGAUGCCACGGCUACCACUUCAACAUCCUUGAAAACCGAGCCAACAAGUAUGCCCACCACUAUUUCCGAGGAAACCUCUUCAAAAUCUCACAUAAUUGAUUCUUCAUCCACAACCGAUUUCAUCGGAACCACUGAAACAUCCUUAAAAACCGAGUUAACAAAAAUACCCACCACUUCUUCCAGGGAAACACCUUCAACAUCUCACAUAACUGAUUCUUCAUCCACAACCGAUUCCAUGGCUACCACUUCAACAUCCUUGAAAACCGAGUCAAUAAGUAUCCCCACCACUUCUUCCGAGGAAACUCCAUCAACAUCUCACAUAAUUGAUUCUUCAUCCACAACCGAUGCCACGGCUACCACUUCAACAUCCUUGAAAACCGAGUCGACAAGUAUUUCCAAUACUUCUUCCGGGGAAACUACUUCAACACCUCACAUAACUGAUUCUUCAUCUACAACCGAUUCCAUCGCAAGCACUGAAAUAUCCAUGAAAACCGAGUCAACAAGUAUUUCCACCACUUCUUUCGGGGAAACUACUUCAACACCUCACAUAACUGAUUCUUCAUCUACAACUGAUGCUAUGGCUACCACUUCAACAUCCUUGAAAACCGAGUCAACAAGUAUCCCCACCACUUCUUCCGAGGAAACUCCAUCAACAUCUCACAUAAUUGAUUCUUCAUCCACAACCGAUUCCAUGGCUACCACUUCAACAUCCUUGAAAACCGAGCCAACAAGUAUCCCCACCACUACUUCCGGGGAAACCUCUUCAACAUCUCACAUAAUUGAUUCUUCAUCCACAACCGAUUCCAUGGCUACCACUUCAACAUCCUUGAAAACCGAGCCAACGAGUAUCCCCACCACUUCUUUCGGGGAAACUCCAUCAACAUCUCACAUAAUUGAUUCUUCAUCCACAACCGAUGCUAUGGCUACCACUUCAACAUCCUUGAAAACCGAGUCAACAAGUAUCCCCACCACUACUUCCGGGGAAACUCCUUCAACAUCUCACAUAAUUGAUUCUUCAUCCACAACUGAUGCGAUGGCUACCACUUCAACAUCCUUGAAAACCGAGCCAACAAGUAUCCCCACCACUUCUUCCGGGGAAACUCCAUCAACAUCUCACAUAAUUGAUUCUUCAUCCACAACCGAUUCCAUGGCUACCACUUCAACAUUCUUGAAAACCGAGCCAACAAGUAUCCCCACCACUUCUUCCAGGGAAACUCCAUCAACAUCUCACAUAAUUGAUUCUUCAUCCACAACCGAUUCCAUGGCUACCACUUCAACAUCCUUGGAAACCGAGCCAACAAGUAUCUCCACCACUUCUUCCGGAGAAACUCCAUCAACAUCUCACAUAACUGAGUCUUCAUCCACAACCGAUUCCAUGGCUACCACUCGAACAUCCUUGAAAACCGAGCCAACGAGUAUCCCCACCACUUCUUUCGGGGAAACUCCAUCAACAUCUCACAUAACUGAUUCUUCAUCCACAACUGAUGCUAUGGCUACCACUUCAACAUCCUUGAAAACCGAGCCAACAAGUAUCCCCACCACUUCUUCCAGGGAAACUCCAUCAACAUCUCACAUAAUUGAUUCUUCAUCCACAACCGAUUCCAUGGCUACCACUUCAACAUCCUUGGAAACCGAGCCAACAAGUAUCCCCACCACUACUUCCGGGGAAACCUCUUCAACAUCUCACAUAAUUGAUUCUUCAUCCACAACCGAUGCCACGGCUACCACUUCAACAUCCUUGAAAACCGAGUCGACAAGUAUUCCCACCACUUCUUCCGGGGAACCUACUUCAACAUCUCACAUAACUGGUUUUUCAUCAACAACCGAUUCCAUCGCAACCACUGAAACAUCCACGAAAACCGAGUCGACAAGUAUUCCCACCACUUCUUCCGGGGAACCUACUUCAACAUCUCACAUAACUGAUUCUUCAUCAACAACCGAUUCCAUCGCAACCACUGAAACAUCCACGAAAACCGAGUCAACAAGUAUUCCCACCACUUCUUCCGGAGAAACUCCAUCAACAUCUCACAUAACUGAUUCUUCAUCAACAACCGAUUCCAUCGCAACCACUGAAAUAUCCAUGAAAACCGAGUCAACAAGUAUUCCCACCACUUCUUCCGGAGAAACUCCAUCAACAUCUCACAUAACUGAUUCUUCAUCAACAACCGAUUCCAUCGCAACCACUGAAACAUCCACGAAAAACGAGUCAACAAGUAUUUCCAAUACUUCUUCCGGGGAAACUACUUCAACACCUCACAUAACUGAUUCUUCAUCUACAACCGAUUCCAUCGCAAGCACUGAAAUAUCCAUGAAAACCGAAUCAACAAGUAUUUCCACCACUACUUCCGGGGAAACUCCAUCAACAUCUCACAUAAUUGAUUCUUCAUCCACAACCGAUGCCACGGCUACCACUUCAACAUCCUUGAAAACCGAGUCGACAAGUAUUCCCACCACUUCUUCCGGGGAAACUACUUCAACAUCUCACAUAACUGGUUUUUCAUCAACAACCGAUUCCAUCGCAACAACUGAAACAUCCAUCAAAACCGAAUCAACAAGUAUUUCCACCACUUCUUCCGGGGAACCUACUUCAACAUCUCACAUAAAUGGUUUUUCAUCAACAACCGAUUCCAUGGCUGUCGCUUCAACAUCCUUGAAAACCGAGCCAACAAGUAUCCCCACCACUACUUCCGGGGAAACCUCUUCAACAUCUCACAUAAUUGAUUCUUCAUCCACAACCGAUUCCAUGGCUACCACUUCAACAUCCUUGGAAACCGAGCCAACAAGUAUCCCCACCACUACUUCCGGGGAAACCUCUUCAACAUCUCACAUAACUGAUUCUUCAUCCACAAGCGAUUCCAUGGCUACCACUUCAACAUCCUUGAAAACCGAGCCAACAAGUAUCCCCACCACUUCUUCCGGGGAAACUCCAUCAACAUCUCACAUAAUUGAUUCUUCAUCCACAACCGAUUCCAUGGCUACCACUUCAACAUCCUUGAAAACCGAGCCAACGAGUAUCCCCACCACUUCUUUCGGGGAAACUCCAUCAACAUCUCACAUAAUUGAUUCUUCAUCCACAACCGAUUCCAUGGCUACCACUUCAACAUCCUUGGAAACCGAGCCAACAAGUAUCCCCACCACUACUUCCGGGGAAACCUCUUCAACAUCUCACAUAAUUGAUUCUUCAUCCGCAACCGAUGCCAUGGCUACCACUUCAUCAUCCUUGAAAACCGAGUCAACAAGUAUGCCCACCUCUAUUUCCGGGGAAACCUCUUCAACAUCUCAAAUAAUUGAUUCUUCAUCCACAACGAAUUUCAUCGGAACCACUGAAAGAUCCACGAAAACCGAACCAACACGUAUUUCCACAACUUCUUCCGGAGAAACUCUAUCAACUUCUCACAUAACUGAUUCUUCAUCCACAACUGAUGACACGGCUACCACUUCAACAUUCUUGAAAACCGAGCCAACAAGUAUCCCCACCACUUCUUCCAGGGAAACUCCAUCAACAUCUCACAUAAUUGAUUCUUCAUCCACAACCGAUUCCAUGGCUACCACUUCAACAUCCUUGGAAACCGAGCCAACAAGUAUCUCCACCACCACUUCCGGGGAAACCUCUUCAACAUCUCACAUAAUUGAUUCUUCAUCCACAACCGCUGCCAUGGCUACCACUUCAACAUCCUUGGAAACCGACCCAACAAGUAUCCCCACCACUUCUUCCGGAGAAACUCCAUCAACAACCGAUUCUGAAGCUUCGCACCAUACCACUGAUAGUCCUACAAAAGUAUCUGAUAUAACUGACUCUUUCACCCCAACCGAUUUCAUCGCAACCACUUCAGCAACCCUGAGAAUCGAUUCAGCAGGUAUCCCCUCUUCUUCUUUCGGAGGAACUUCAUCUCAACUGCAACCGAAACCGACGCAACCCCCUUCCUGGAGACCGAGUCUACGAGUAUUGCCACCGUUUUUUCUGGAGAAACUCCAUCAAAAUCAAAUGCUAACGCCUCGCACCGUACCACUGACAGUUCUACAUAAUAGCUGA